AUGCUCUCCUACUCCGACUCAACACUGGGUGAGAACACCGUGGCCACCUACAUCUGUAACACUGGUGGCUACACCCUCAAUGGAGGCAGCACUAGGACUUGUGGGAGUGAUGGAGUAUGGAGUGGAUCAGCUCCAACCUGUCAAUUCACAUGUUCUGAUGAUCUCCCGAUCAUUACCAAUGGAGGCAUAACCUAUGCUGGUGGGUCCACUAACAACAGACCAUUGGGUGCUACUGCUAUGUACAUCUGUUUCCGUCCCUACCGCCUGGUUGGAUUGUCAAUGAGGACUUGUGGUAGUGAUGGAAUGUGGAGCUCGUCAACAGCUCCAGUAUGUCAGCGUGUAUGCUCUGAUUUACCCGUACCAACAAACGGGAUGAUCACCUACAGUGAUGGAUCCACUAACAACAGACCAGUCGACACCAGUGCUACACACAGCUGUAAUAAUGGAACACUCUCUCUGGAGGGGAUACAAGGUUCUGUCGUUAUGGUGGGAUCUGGAGCGGAUCAGCUUCCGUGUGUCAACGUAAUGUGCCUGUCUCUCCCUCCUCUGACUAAUGGGAUGAUCUCCUACUCUGACCAAACACAAGGUGAGGGCACUGUGGCUACUUACAGCUGUAACCAUGGUCACAAUCUUGAUGGAGACGCCACCAGGACUUGUGAGAGUAAUGGAGUGUGGACUGGGUCAGAGUCAACUUGUCAUCCACAAACAAUAAUACAGCUUAAGUUUGGACCAACAAGUCAUUGCCUCAACUGGAAUGAGGGUAAAGCUGCAACUAUAAGUGGAAACCUGCGACAGACAGUCUACAAAGUUAUAGCUAAAAACAGUGAAGGCAUCUCAUUGGCCAAUAUCGAUGAUGGUGUGUUCAGUUGCCGCACAUCUCAAAAGUACACAACAUUCCGAACCACGAUUGAUGGAACAGCAAACUAA